AUGCACCUAAUUAUAGAAGUUGGUUACCUUAUUGUGCUCCAAAUUAUUCAGCUAAUCAAAGUAUAAGUAAGAGAAAUUGUAUAAUUAUUUAAUAUAAUUAGAUUAAUUAUAGCAAUUAUGGUAACCAAAUUACUUAAUUUAAUCUUUAAACAUGUUAAAAUUGGUUACCAUAAUGUACAGUGAAUAGUAUUAAUGACGGUUGCAUGAAAAAGAUUUGUGAUAAUUAUGGAUCAAUUGAAUAGAUUACUGGAUGGAUGCCUUAUUGUACUAAGAACUCAUUAAAAAAGUGUGAAAGGAAACAUUAUACAAAUUAUCCAUCAUCAGGAUUUACAGUUAAUAGUUCAAAUUGUAAGAUUUGGUUUAGUUGUUGUAAAUCAGCACAAAUAAGUACUAAUUGUAAAUAUAAGACAUGUAGUAAUCUAGGUUUAAUUACUUUUAAUCAUAAAAAUUGUACAGUUUUUGAUGAUGAUGGCAAUCAUGUGUGGCAAGUAGAACUUUAACUCAACAUGGUAGCUAAAUAACUGCAAAUUUUGGUUAUCAACAUCUACGAUUAAUUCUAGAGGAACUGUCAAAAAUAUGAAUUACAUGGAGCUUUUGUUACUUCGUUCUCUUAUAAUAUUGUUUAAAUUGGAACUUUGAUUGUACAGUAAAUACUGGAAAUACUGCAUGUAUAGUUAUAACUUGUGCUUAUACAAUUGGAUUUCAGUUAAUCCUGCAAAUUGUUAAAAAUUGUUAUCAAUAUGUACUGUCAAUUUAGAUAAUACUGCAUGUAUUAAUAAAACUUUUUCAAACAAAACUGGUAAAAUAAUGUAGGUAAUCGUAAAUUAAAUUAAUAAUUUUUCAUUUAUAUAUGUUAAUUAAAUUAAAUAAAAUAGAGUGUGUUAGUUAUAUAUUUAAUAAAUUAUGCACUGAUGCUCAAAGCUUCUAAUCAGGUUUAUUACAUGUAUAUUUUAAUAAAGGCUCCGUAUCUUUUAUAUCAACCUUGA